GGCACGGCAAGCAGGACCGCGCAUGGCAAGCAAGUAGCCCGCCCGCACAGCUGUGCAUGCCCUUUUGCUUUCAGUGACUUGCCGAACGCCUUGUCCGCAACGCUUCGCGCGCCUUUGCUCCGCUUGAAAGCUCCGCUCUGCUCCGAUUUGCUCCCGAAUGCGGCCCCCGAACCAAAGCGUGGUUCAAAGCGCCAGAGAAGCUUCGAAGGGCAUUCCCUUACGAUCAGAGAGCGAGCGUGAUCAAGCUAAGGGGUUCCAUUGAGCAGGAUCGCGCAACAAAACGCUGCAACUCCGUCUGAGUAUAUAUUAAACGCUUAUUCGGUCCAUACAUGGUCAAGUAUAGUUAGAACCAGGUAUAGGAUUGCAAAGAAAGUCCAGAAAUGUAGGGAACGUUUAAGUGCGACACACUGAGGUCACCGUCCCGGCAGAGGGACGAUCCGAAAUACAGUACAGAAGCACAACGGCAGAUAAGGCGCCGUGUGCUCCUGACGCGUACAAGACCCAGCUCGGUUCGGCCCCAUGCACAGGCACGUACCCGAGCGUCCUGCGCCGUGCGUGACUCUAACGCAACACGGCAGUUACGUCGCAAUAACUAGACUUAUCUCCACUGCGCUGCGAUAAGUCAGCGCUUAUUUCCCAACAUCAGCCUCAGCUUGGGCACGCGCAUCGUGGAGUGUGGCAGCUUCCAGUGCAACUGCACAGAAAAUCUCGUCACAGGGCUCAGCUUGGGCCGCAACAACGUCCGGGGCGACCUGACGGAGAUGCUUGCCCCAAGCAUCGUAGCGCCCCUCAGCUGCUCGCUGCGUGCUAUCUUUCUGUCGGGCAACGCGGUAUCCGGCCGCAUUCCUGACGCCGUGAGCGGCCUGCGCGACCUGAAAGUGCUGUCGCUGGCCAGCAACGAUCUUGUGGGCACGCUGCCGCACGCGCUGAGCCGCAUCACGGGGCUUGAGGAGCUGGACGUGUCCUCCAACAGCCUCACAGGCCUGGUGCCUCCGGGUCUGUGCGGCAUGGAGCAGUACCGCCCGCUGCGCGACCUCAUCCUGUCCAACAAUCGCUUCAACGGCUCGCUGGCGGUGCCCGACUGCGACAGCCUCAUCACACUGGAUGGGCAGAACAACAACUUCAGCGGCCCGCUGCCUGACUUCUCCACCUACCGGCAGCUUCACAUCCUGCGCCUGGGCAACAACAGCUUCAACGGCAGCGUGCUCGUGAGCGGCUUCGAGCUGCGCCUGCUGGCGGUGCUGGACCUGUCCAACAACUACCUGACCGGCACGCUGCCCAACCUGGCUGGCAACGGCAGCCUGCUGACGCUGGUGCGGCUGUACGGCAACUCCUUCACCGGCCCCCUGCGCGGCAACAUGUUCACACUGGGCAACCUGGGCACCGUCAUGGCGCAGUGGAACAACCUCACCGGCACGCUGCCGCCGAACGUGGGCGACGCGCGCGGGCUGUCGGUGCUGCAGCUCAAGGGCAAUGAGCUGCACGGCCGCCUGCCCGACAGCCUGGCCAAGAUGGCGGCCAGCGGCUCGCAGGUGGACCUGUCCCUCAAUUGGCUGUCCUGCUGCGGCCUGGACUUUGACGGCACCGGAUACCGGCGCUGGGACCUGACCGCCCCCCGCCUGCCGCCCUUCCUGUCGCACUCGGCCGAGCUGGCGCUGCCGGUGGUGGACCUGCCCAACGUGGACUACUCCAACAUGAGGUGCCCGGUGCUGGCGUUCUCGCCGCAGAAGGCCGCGGCGCGCGGCUUCAACCUGACGGGGCUGCUGCAGGGGGUGGACGCAAGCCGCUACGACGCCGCCACGGGCGCCCUGGUGACCAGCACCACCUUCAAGCUCACGGACGCGGACGAGGGGGCAGGCACCGACAACGGCACGCUGCUCAACUGGAACCUGGACCCCGAGUAUUAUCUGUACGAGAACUGCUACUGCCUGGAGGGCUUUGAGCAGGUGUGGACCGACCCCGUCCCCGGCCAGGUGUCCAUGGGCCGCCGCCUCUACUGCAACAAGAUUGUGGUGCCCUGGUACCAGGCCAAGCCGUGGGCGGUGGUGCUCAUUGUGCUGGGUGGACUGCUGCUGGCGGCGUGGGUGACCUACCUCAGCUGCUACCGCCGCGGCAAGCGCGCGGCCUUCAUGCAGGGUGUCCGCAACCUGAAGAAGCGCGUCAAGGGCGAGCCGCUGGGCGGCCAGGUGUCCAUCGUGGUCACCGACAUCGAGGGCUACUCGGACCUGAUGAAGCAGUCUCCGGAGCUGAUGACUCGCGCGCUCAACCUGCACAACGCCAUCAUCCGCAAGGCGCGCUGGGCCAACUUCGGCUACACGGUGGAGCAGGAGGGCGACAGCUACGUGCUGGUGUUCUACGAGGCGCUGGACGCAGUCAUAUUCUGCCUGCAGACGCAACUGGCGCUGAACCGGCAGGUGUGGCCGGAGGGGCUGUUCACCAGUGAGCCCCGCGACGCGCCCUCGCGCCGCCGCACGCCAGGCCCCGGCCUGCUCACCGCCUUGUCUGCGAUGACCAACAACAUCACCCACUCGCUCUUUGGCGGCGCCGGCAAGGCCAACGCCGCCGCCGCCGCCAGCGCGCCGCCGGGCGUAGCGCCGGGCCUGGUUCCGGGGGCCUUGGGCUUGCCGGCCGGCGGCGGCGCCGCAGGCGGCGGCGGCGGCGGUGUGGAUGACCGGGACCGCUCCAUGAGCCUUGUACUGCCCAGCGCCAUGCGCACCGCGCAGUACUCGAUGGAUGGCCGCCCCGACUCGAGACAGAGCUCCAUGAUGCCCAUCGCGCAGCGCGAGAUCAGCACGCUGGGCACCCCGCUGGGCGACCCCUCCUCCGGCCUGGCGGCGCCGGGCGGCGGCGGCGGCGGCGGCGGCGGCGGCCUUCGCGCCAAGAAGGAGUUCAGCCUGUUCAACGGCAUCCGGGUCCGCAUGGGCAUCACCACGGGGCUGCUGCCGCCCGGCAGUAUGUGCAAGGGCAGCGCGGUGCUAGACCUGGCCAAGAUGGUGUCGGACAGCGCCAACGGCGGGCAGGUCAUGAUGGACGAGCCCACAUUCACAGACAUCAAGGAGCGCAUGGAGGAGCUGGGCGCUGUGGACCACAACGGUAUGAACUUCAAGAAGCUCAACGCCAUUCAGCCGCCCUGGUACUCAUGCAUGAGGCGCAAGUCGCGGCGCAACCCGGACGACGCACUGCUGCUGGACAUGGGCGAGUACACCUACGCCGCAGCCAAGAGGCUGCCGCUGUACCAGCUGGACGGCACGGGCGGCGGCGGCGGCGGCGGGCGCGGCGGCGCGGGCAGUGGACCCAUGGGUGUAGACACGCCGGUGGGCGGCGGCGGCGGCGGCUUCGGACUGCUGCCGCCCUCCACCCCCAAGGCCAGCCGGCGCAACAAGGGCCCUGAGCGGCUGCGUCUGUACCAGCUGGCUCCGCCGCUGCUGGUGGGGCGGGCCAAGGUGUUUGGCAACAAGGUCACGCUCAAGGACGAGUGGGUGUGCUCCGACCAGCCCUACUUCGCAGCGCCGGGUGAGGACGGCGACUUCAAGUACAUGGUCGCCUUCGCCACACCGCAGGCGGCGGUGGAGUGGGCGCUGCUGCUGCAGGACGUGUUGCUGUACGCGGACUGGCCCGAGGCCGCGCUCAAGUUCUGGCGCGAGGAGUGGGACGAGCAGGGGAACCUGCUGUUCCGGGGACCCAGGAUGAAGGUGGGCAUCUGCGAGGGCCCUCCGCGCUCCAUCAUCCCCGACCACCUGGGUCGAGCCGACUAUCACGGCGCCUCCAUCAACCAGGCCGCCCGAUACAUGGACGCCGCGGCGCAUGGCGGCAUGAUCGCGCUGGAGGCCGCCCUGGCCAUGAAGGUGGUGACCUGGUGGCGCUGCCAGGCGGGCGUCUCAGCCGCCGCCGCCGGAGUGUCAGCCUUCAGCACCGGCGGCGCAGCCGCCGCCGCGGCGGCCGCCGCCGCCGGCGGCGUCGCUGGCGGCGGCGGCCACUACACACUCACCGUGGCAGCGGCAGCGACCGCCGGCGCCUCGGCCUCCGCCUCCUCCACCUCCUCUGCGCCCACCUUCGGCGCCGCCGGCUCUGCCUCCUCGGCGCACAGCGCCGCCGCCGCCGCCGCCGCCGGCCGGCAGCCGAUUGUGCUCGGCAGCCUGGGCGGCAGCGGCGGCAUUUCCGCCGCCGCCGCGGCGGCAGCCGCCGCCGGCGCCAGUGAGUCUGGCGGCGUGGGCGGCGGGCGGCGCAUGAGCGUGGUGCAGGAGGGCGGCGAGGGAGACUUGUCGCCAGUGGAGGCGUCGCAGCUCGGAGCCAAUGCCGGCCGCCGCGGCAGCACCGGCGCCGUUAGCAGAGCGCCGGCGCCGUGGGACGACUCCGGCUCGCUACCGGCGGCAGUUGCAGGGCCGGCGGCGGCGGCGGCUGCCGGCACGCCGCGGUCGGGGUCGCUUGGCGGCGCCGCCGGCGCCGCCGCGGCGGCAGCAGGCAAGGCGCUUGCGACGGCGCUGCCGCCGUCAUUCCAUGCGGCCGCGGCGGCGGCGACGCCGGCGGCGGUGACGUCGGAGCCGCUGCAGCGGCUGCGGCUCGGCGGCAACGUCAGCCGCAAGGUAGUGCCGCUGGGGGCAGCUGGCGGCGGCGGCGGCGGCGGCGGCUUUGGUGGCGGCGCGCUGGUGGCGGCGCCGCUGGUUGCCUCGGCCGCCGGCCUCGAGCAGGAGGAGGAGCAGGAGGGCGAGGGCGCCGGGGAUGGAGUGGAGGUGGAGCGGACGUCUGAGGCGCGGCCCUCCAUUGACUUGUGGUCGCAGGCUCGCGGGGGCCGCGGCGGGCCCGGCCGGCCCGGAUCGCUGGUGCCGCCACGCACCCGCACCCAAGAGCCGGGCCGCCGCGACGGACCGGCGGGCGGGCAGGCCGGCGGCGGCGGCGGCGGCAGUGGCGGCGUUGUGGAGGGGGAGGAGGAGGACGGUGACGAGGCGGCGACGCCACCCGCCGUGCAGGGCCGCGGUGGCCACAUUGGCGACGGCGUGGCUUCAGCGGCGGCGGCCGGGGCCGAGGGAGCCGGUGCAGGCGCGCCCGAAGGCGAGGGCGAGGACGAGGGCGAGGCCGGGCGGCGACAGCUGGAGCACCAAGAGCUCUCGCUGCGGACCGAUGUCUCCAUCGCCCGGCGGCUGGGCGGCGGCGCAGGCGGCGGCGGCGGCAGCGGCAGUGGGAAGGAGCGCUCCUCCCUGCGGGACCGCGACGGCGCCGCCGCCGGCCCCAUCGCGGAGGGCCUGGAGGGCGAGGCGCCGGGCGGCGCCGUGGACGCCGCCGCCCUGGCGGCGGCGGCGGCGGCGGCGGCGGCGGCGGCAGGCGCCGCCGUCAGCGCUGACGGCAUCACGGCCCAGCAGCAGGGCAGGCCGGGCAGCGCCGGCAGCGCCGGCCCCGGUGGCGGCGUCACACUCAGCGCCUCCGGCUCACCGCACGCGGCGGACGUGCCAGACCACACCGCCGGCUCCAACCCCGCCGCCGCCGCCGCCCCCGCCGCCGCCGCCGCCGCCGCCGCCGCCGCCGCCGCCGCCGCGGCCGCCGCCAACGGCUCCGGCUCCGGGCGCUCCUCCGGGAGUGUGCCGCUGCCGCCGCUGCCGCUGGCUCCCUCCGUCAACGCCGGCGGCGCGGCCUCUUCCCGCUUCUCCCAAUCCAACUCCAUGGGCACGCAGCACAGGACGCAGCCGUCCCUAUCCACUGGCGGUGCCGCCGCCGCGCGGCCCACCUCGCCUUGGCGCGUGCAGUCCGCCAGUGCCAGCGGCGUGGCGGCGAUCGCGUCGGCGCCGACCAGCACGCACGGCGGCGCCGCCGCCGGCGCCGCCAGCGGCCCUGUGCAGGCUGUGCAUCGGCAGCUGUCCACCGCCAUCGCCGCCAGCGGCAAUUCCAUGUCGACGGCGUCGCCGCUGCGCAGCCCGCGCCCGCCGUCGCUGCCGCCGCUGGCGCUGCCCAGUGAGCAGGAGCGCGACGAGGCGUUGGCGGUGGAGCGGGCGGUGGCGGACGAGGCGAACAAGGUGGCUGUGGACGCACCCGAGGGCGCCACCUACCUGGCCCACGUGGUGGCGGCGCGCAUCGGCGUGUUCCGCUUCAAGGGCAGCCCCGAGGACAUCCCCAUGGCGCACAUAACGCUGCUGCAGCUGGCGGGCAGGAGGUUCCCCACGGAUGCGCCCAAGGGCAAGGGCGGCAAGGUGGCGGACGCCAGCGGCCAGCUGUUCGAGAUGGAGACGGCGCUGCCCGACCUAGCCUCGCGACUCAAGGAGCGGUACAUGGCCUCACGCCCGCCGCCGCCGCCGCAGCCCGCCGCCGGCGCCGAGGUCACCCGCUCCUCUCCCUCCGUGCGCCGUCUGCGCGCCCUACUUGGCGGCAGCAGCCACGGCUCCGGCAACCCCACCGUCCCCAACUCGCCCGCCUCCCCCGGCGGCACCUCGCUCUUUCAGAAGACACGCAGCCUGGCGGCGCGUGCCGGGUUCGGCGCAGACACGGCGGCGGCGGCGGCCGCCGCGGCGGCGGCUGGCGGCGGCUUGCCGCCGCCGCCGCCGUGCGGCAUCAACCGCCGCGGCUCGGGUCUGAUGGGCCUGCUGGCGGUAGCAAGUGUGAAGUGGGGCUCAGGUACGGGGCUGGGCGGCAGCGGCGGCAGCGCGGGUGGCGCCAGCGGCGGCGCGCCGGCGGUUCUGUCGUCGCCCACGGUGCCACAGCGGAGCAGCCUGGACCCGGCAGAGGCGCCCGCCACCGGCGCAGCAGACGCUAUGGAGUCGGCGGGCGCGGGUGCGCCACCCGCCGCCGCGGCGCCGGCCGCAGCUGCCGCUUUGUUCUCCAGCACGGGGUCAGUGGCGGCGCCGUCGACGCCGGUCGUGGCGCCGCCGCCGCCAACUCCGGUUGGCGGCGCCGCCGCCGACUUCGCGUCGGCGGGUGCCGCCGCCGCUGCUGCGGCGGAUCCGUCGGUCCUGGUCCCGGCGCUGGGUCCGGCGGCGGUGGUGGCUGGGGCGGCGCCGGCCACGCCGCGAGGAGGAUUGCAGCAGCCCGGCACAUCGCCGCUGCGUCACCGCACGGCGGCAGACGACCCGAUUCCGGAGCGCCGUUCCCCGGUGUGGGCGGCCGCGGGGACGGCAGGAGCGGUGGAGCUGGCGACGGUGGUGACAGCCGAGGCGGCGGAUGAGCGUGUGUGAGCGGAGCGGGGCGGGAGCUGUGUGGCGGAGGGGCUGCGCGCUUUUUAGGUUGAGCUUGUCUGUUGGGGUGUCAUGCCUUUGUGUGCUCGUGGGCACGACAUGGCUGAUGUGCAGCUGCAAGUACACUGUGAAAGGUGUGACUGGUGGGAAAGUCGAUCGUGUACCCAAACUCGGGGGUGUAUGUGUGUAUGGGCUUGAGCCCUGGGGAUUAGCUAGCUUAACAACAAUGUGGCAGAGCAACUUGAAGCGGGGCGUCUUUGUGAUGGAGGCUGGACAUCAGAUGUGUUAGCCUGGGGCCGUGAGCCCCGCUAUGCAGCACUACACUUUGCACUGAGCAGUCAGAUGACGGAAGUGCGGAAGGUGAGCAGCAGCUUAGAGCGCCGAAAUAUCGGGCAUCGCAGGGGGCGCAGACAAUUCGUGGUGGCCUGUGUGUAUGGUACGUCGUACCACGGGAUGAAGAACAAAUGGAGGGGCGGCGUGGCAAAACAGGAUAUGUGGCCCGUUGAACUAGAGAAGUGGUCGGUGGUGCCUCGCCUAUUAGUGUCUUGUACAUUUGUGUUCAGCUGUUCAGCAUGUGGUGUUGAGCACUGGCGCUUUGCUUGCGCGCUAUUUCGGGGUCAUUGCGUUGCGUGUACUGUUGACUGUGUGUGUGAGUUGCGUGGCUUAGAGCGCAGUAUUACACGCGGCCUUACAGAUAGGACACAGUUCAGGGCUUUGGGGCACUGUAAAAGCGAGUGUUU